GUGAUGAGACACCCAGACCACGUGUCCUCCUCUGUGUACUUGUGGGCGCAUCAUGAGAAGCUGGUGGUGAUUGACCAGUCAGUGGCAUUUGUUGGGGGUAUUGACCUGGCGUACGGGCGGUGGGAUGAUGAGGAGCAUCGGCUGACGGACGUGGGCAGCGUCACGCGGACAAACGGGGGGGAGUCUGCCGCUGCCCCUCCCCCGGCGUUGCUGUCUGCCCCAACGCCCACACCCCCUGCAGAGUCUCUGAGCCCCCCCAACCAAACUGCCGCGGGGUCAUCUGGUGAGAGGAAGACCUUUUCCUCGGUGGCUCAGCAAAUCCGAGCGAAGGUGGUGAGGGAGAGGAACGAGGAGCUGGACACAGUGGACUCGGCCAAGAUGAAGGGAAUCGGCAGACAGCGGAAAACCUUCACUGUCUUCUCUCUAUACAGACACCUGGCCAGACGCAACCUGGAGCACAGUGACAGCAUGAGCAGCAUCGACAGCACAGAGAACAGUUGGUUUAGGACACAUAGCAGCCAACAGAGUUUAAUCCAUGACCGAAUGCCCCAGCUGAAGAGGUUACACCUGCACAGAGCUGAGGCUGGGCGAGUGGAUGAGAGAGGCUCGAGGAGCAGCCUGCAGUCAGGGAUGGGAGACCUGGUGGGUCAGAGUCGCUUCUGGCACGGAAAAGAUUACUGCAACUUCGUCUUCAAGGACUGGAUACAACUGGACAAGCCCUUCGAUGACUUUAUUGACCGCUAUGUGACCCCCCGGAUGCCCUGGCACGACAUCGCUUCCGUGGUUCAUGGCAAAGCCGCUCGCAACGUGGCUCGGCACUUCAUCCAGCGCUGGAACUUCACUAAGAUUAUGAAGGGUAAAUACCGCUCGCUCUCCUACCCGUACCUGCUCCCCAAGUCCAUGUCCACGGCCAACGAAAUGAAGUACCUGGUGCCAGGCUGUGUCCAGGCCAAGGUUCAGUGGGAGACCUGUGGAUUAACUAUUUCUCGGUGUGUGGGCUGCGCACUCAUGCGGACCUGGAGGGGAAGCUGGUCACUGAGCUCAUCUACGUCCACAGUAAAAUGCUCAUUGCAGACGAUAACACUGUCAUCAUCGGCUCCGCUAACAUUAAUGACCGCAGCAUGCUGGGCAAGCGGGACAGCGAGAUGGCCGUCAUCGUCCAGGACACGGCCACCGUCCCCUCUGUCAUGGACGGGGCGGAAUAUCAGGCCGGGCCCUUCGCUCUGCGGCUCCGACUGUACUGCUUCAAGCUAAUUCUGGGAGCUUUCAGUGACCCCAGCAUCGACGUGCAGGACCCCAUCAGUGAGAGGUUUUAUAAGGAAGUCUGGAUCGCGACCAGCGCCAGGAACGCCACCAUAUACGAGAAGGUUUUCCGGUGCCUUCCGUCAGACGAGGUGAGGAACAACGAGGAGCUGGCGCAGUUCAACCAGAAACCGGGGCUGCAGAAGGAAGACGAGGGCCGCGCCCGGGAGGAACUGAAGAAGAUUCGGGGGUUCCUACUGCAGUUCCCGCUCUACUUCCUGUCUGAGGAGACCCUGCUGCCCCCCCUCAGCACCAAGGAGAGGAUGGUCCCCAUGGAGGUGUGGACGUGAGGGGCUGAGAGGAGGGUCCUGGACAGGGUGGGCUCCCUACACAACGCUGCUCAGCACAUCGUUCAAAUUCUGAGAGACAACAACAGCAAAUUACAUUUGAAUAGCACCUUUCACAGAAGGGCUUCCCGAGGCGCUGUGCGUCCAAAGAGAAAGAGACACAGAGACACCAGUGGUGACUGAUGGAUUAAUGAGAUCACCUGGUAAUGGAGAGCUCUGACAUUUCUCACACCGUUUAGGAGGGAAAACCCUCCCCACUGAUGACCUCGUUCUCUGGGUUAAACCAACACCAUCAACGACACCCAAUUGCUCCCUUUCCACACUGGUGUCGUUUCAGUGUCAGCGGAGAUCCUCCCCACCUCCCCUCUCCCCCCCCGCCUCAUCCCUCCACCAUCCAUCGAUUCGUCAGCUGGGUGCAACCCAAGAUAUGGCAGUACACCCAACCCACUGUGUCUGUGCUGGUGCUCGCUCCCCCACUGGAGCUCUUUCUCCCAUUCUCUUUAAUAUCGUUCCUAUUAAAAGUGUUUGUCCAAUUCUAGUGUAGAUGUUUUUAUGACCUCGACCUCAGUGGUCAUUUAUGGUCCAAUGUGUCACUAACUCCUCCAAACUCCCAACCCAUUGUCGCCCAGUCCAGUACAUAGCCCCAGCCCUUAGCCCAGCCCCCAGUCCAGUACAUAGCCCCAGCCCUUAGCCCAGCCCCCAGUCCAGUACAUAGC